AUGCACUCAAUCCUCCUGAUUCUCCUCACCAUCCCUAUUGCUUUCAUUCUCCAUCAGCUCUUCCGCCUCCACCGCAAUCUCUCGCAACUAGCAGCCCUCCCGUACCCCGUUCCGGCCGUCAUCGUUCCUGCCUCUCCGAUCUCGAUUCUCUACCAAACCUUUGGUGAUCCCCUGGCCCACCUCCUGUCCCUUCUGCCUUUAGCUCUCCAGCCAGCAUGUACAGUUCAUAUUCCCCGCGACUCUCGCUUCUACGACAAGUCGCAGACGGCUCAACGGCUGGGGCCAAUUUGGGCACUCGUCAGUCCGGGAAGUGUACACUUUCAGAUCUAUGACCCGGGAGCAGGCCUCGAGGUGCUCGAACGGCGAGAUGUAGGUAAAGGAAAUGGUGGCUUCGAGCGGCCUAGCGACAAUUAUGAGUUGCUCAAUGUCUUUGGUCCCAAUCUCUCCACAUCGGACAACGCCAACUGGCCACGGCAUCGCAAGGUGCUGGCUGCGCCGUUCAGCGAGGCGGUGAUGGAUGACGUAUGGCGCGAGACCCUCCAGCACGCGAACGCACUGGUCAAGUCAUGGGAGGGACGGGCUGUCACGACCGUGUCGAAAGAUUUGCGUACACUGAGUCUUAAUGUGUUGGCAACGGCAGGCUUCAAGAAGGAAGUGGAGUUUCGUAGUGCGAUGGACGAGGACGAAACCGAGAAUCAGGAGGGGCCGAUGAGCUAUCGCGACGCACUGCAGAUGGUUUUGGACAACAUCAUUCUGAUUUUGGUCAUGGGCACAGAUUCGCUGAAUCGCGCAUUCUGGUCACAGCGCUGGCAAAAGGUCGGUGCUGCCGCCGAGGCGUUCAAAAAACACAUGAGCCGCAUGUUGGAUGAGGAGGAGGCUGCGCUCGCGAAAGGAGAAAAGGGUGGAGGUGGUAUACUGACCGCGUUCGUGCGUGCGCUGACUACCAACAUCAAGUCUAACGCCAGCGAUGUCGACAGAAAAGUCCCGAGAGGCUUAUCUCGCGCAGAGGUCUUCGGCAACAUCUUUGUCAUCAACUUUGCCGGUCACGAUACCACCGCUAACACGCUCGCGUUUGCAGCAUUGCUGCUGACAGCAUACCCCGAGGUCCAAGACUGGCUAGCCGAGGAAGUACAAUACUACACUCGCAACUCAGCCUGGCAAUACGCAGAGCUAUUCCCCCGGUUGAAACGCUGCCGUGCUGUGCUCCGGGAGACACUUCGGCUCUACACACCGGUUCCUGGCAUCCCAAAACGCACAACAUCACAAGCGCAGACUGUUACACUCACAACACCUGGGUACGAAGGCAGGAAAGUAGUGUUGCUGCCGAACUCGAUCUGCAACGUGGGCGUGCUGGCCGUGCAUACGCACCCAAAGAUCUGGGGUGAGGAUGCGCUAGUCUGGCGACCGGGGCGCUGGAUCCCGGACGGGGGUAGUGGUGUGAGUGACCUGGAUCGGGAGGUUCUUCUAGAGCCGAAGAAAGGCACGUACGCUCCCUGGAGUGACGGACCGCAGAACUGCCCCGGCCUCAAAUUCAGCGAGGUGGAGUUCGUGGCCGUGAUGACGGCUAUAUUUGGUGGCGGUCGGAGACUGGAGGCUGUAGUUAUGCCAGGGGAGGACCAGGAGGACACUCGAAGGAGAGUGCUGAGCGUGGUCAAUGACGUGGAUAUGCAGAUGCUAUUGAGGAUGCGACACGGAGAUGCGGUCAAGGUGAAGCUACAAAGCAUCUGA